AGGUCUUCCGUUUUACAUUAAGACUGAAAAUUUGAGAUUUUGAGGAAGAGAAGAUGUACAGAAGAACGAGAAGCAUGGGAGACAGAAAUUGUGCAAAUGAGCAGUCAGGUGAUUCACAGGAUCUGAGGAUUGUGCUGCUGGGAGUCUCUGGAGCUGGAAAGAGUUCAACAGGAAAUGCAAUACUGAGACGAGAGGUGUUUAAAGAGAGCAGAACCAGAGAGAGUGAGAUACAGAGAGGAAGAGUAGAAGACAGAAACAUCUCCAUCAUCGACACUCCAGGAUUCUUCAACCCUCACCUGACUGAUGAAGAGAUGAAGAAGCAGAUGACGAAGAGUCUGGAUCUCUGUUAUCCUGGUCCUCACGUGUUCCUGCUCAUUGUCAACCCGGAGACCUUCAAAGAGGACAAGAGGGAUGUUGUGGAGCAAAUUCAGGAGAUCUUUGGAGCUAAAGCUUUGAAGUUCACUAUGGUGCUGUUUAUUGGAAAAGAAAAAAUGUCAAACAGAAAAUGGAUGCUCUUUAUGGAUAGUGGAAAUGUUCAAGACUUAGUCAGUCACUGCAGAGGUAAACAUCACUCCAUCAACAGUAAAAAUGAGAUUAUUCCAAUUCACAUCACAAAGCUUCUGGAGAAGAUUGAUGAAAUCAUCAAAGAGAAUGAUGGCCAGUAUUACAAAAAUAAGAUUUACUCAACAAAGAACAGAAAAGAAAAAAGAAAACAAAAGGACGAAAAGGACAGAAAAAAAGAGCAAAAGAAUGAGAUGAGACAAGAGCCAAUAAAAAUAGUACCUGAGACAUUUAAAAUGGACAGUGUAAUGGCAGAGAGAACAGAAACGAUAAGUCGUAUUUCUCGUGUGAGAGAAACAGAGAGAACUCAUGUAUGUAAAGAAAACAUUGUUGAAGGAAAGGAGGUUCGUACAUCAUCAGUAAGAUCAAUCUCAUUUGAAAGAACGGAGGGAGAAAGUACAGUCCAGACACCAGAAACAAGAAGAAUAUUGGGCCAGAAUACACAACAGAAAACAACAGAACAACAUUUGGCCAAAGGAGAUCUCAGGAUUGUGAUGGUUGGUAAAACUGGAGCUGGAAAAAGUGCAACAGGAAACACCAUCCUGGGACAAAAAACAUUUGAUGCAAAACAAUCUGCUCAGUCUAUGACUGAGAAAUGCCACCAACAUCAGCAGGUAGUGAAGGGUCAAACCAUCUCAGUGAUCGACACUCCAGGUCUGUUUGAUACAUCAGUCAGUGAAGAAAAACUGAAGGAGGAAAUAGCGAAAUGUGUGGAGAUGUCUGUUCCUGGUCCUCAUGCGUUUCUGCUGGUCAUCAGACUGGACGUGAGAUUCACAGAUGAGGAGAAAAACACAGUGAAAUGGAUUCAAGAUAACUUUGGAGAAGAUGCUGCUCGUUACACCAUUGUUCUGUUCACUAGAGGAGAUCAGUUAGAUAUAUCUAUAGAGGAGUUUCUGGCAGAAAAUAGGCAGAUUAAUGAGAUAGUCAAACAGUGUAAAGGUGGUUAUCAGGUUUUCAGUAACAAAGGUGAACAAAAUCAAUCACAGGUCAGUGAACUGAUCGAGAAGAUUGACAAAAUGGUGAAGGAGAACGGAGGAAGGCAUUACACAAAGGAGAUGUAUAAAAGCACUCAGAGGAAAAUAUUGCUGAAAAAGGCAGCCUUAGUGGGAGCGGGUGUAGCAGGUGUAGGAGCAGCAGCAGCUGGAGGUGCAUUAAUUGGCGUUACUGGUGGAGUGGCACUGCCUGCAGCUUUAAUGGCAGGAGGUGUGGCUCUAACUGGAGGAACAGCUGCAAAAGCUAUUGUAGAUAAAGUUAAGAAGUAAUAUGUUGAGCUUACUUAGAAAACCUGUGGAAAUUGAUUGCCUCAAAUUUUUUAAGCAAAUUAGUUCAUGACUUUUUGACAAAGUUGAUAAAGCGUACUGCAACUUAUAAUGUAUAGGUUUACAAGAUGACUUAAGUAUUGGUAACUCAAUUUGACAAGUUCUGCCAACAAAACAGUUUACUUAAAAAUCUGCUGAUUCAUAUUACAAGAAAAACUUGUGGAAACUGAUUGUUUUUUAAUUCUCAAGCAAGUUGUACUCAAAACUAUGAGUCGUUAUUACAAAGACAGACAACAGAUCGAUAGCACAACUCCAGGACAUUUAUUAUUAUUACUUAAAUAGAAGAUAAAAAGAUUGAUGUCCCUUUUCUGACAUCUUGUAAUUCUAGAUUUACCUGGCCAAAAGUCAGCAAAGAUUUUUGUUUUCCUGUCUUAAAUCUUCAGUAACAAAGGCCCUGUUUACACCUGGUAUUACUAUGGUGGGGGAAACUUUAAUCUGCUGAUUGGUCAGUUUGAAUGUCUCAGUUUUGGUCUUUAGUCACACGGUCAAGGAAGGGAUAAAAUAAGAUUGUAACUGCUACUCGGUCUCUUUUCUUCGCUGGUGCUGUCUUUUCUCUAGCUCUCUUCUCUGCUCUCUCUCUCUGUUAACAUUAUACAUACAUGCUGGGUACAAUUAACUGUAUAUGUUUUAUCAUCCUUCAUCUAUUUUGUAAUCAUUUCAAGUGUAACCAUAAUAAAAUACUGUUAUUAAACCUU